GGGUUGUCCCGCUCGAUGUCUCGGGGACCGAUUGCGUGGAUCUGUGUCACGAGUGAAGAUGGCGGACGAUGCCGAGGGGUUGAGCGGCCCUGUCGGGGCGACGGAGCCGGAGCCGGAGCCUCGGGUGCCGUCGGCAAGCGACAGGAGCGCGGAGGAGGGCGGCUGGUCCACGCCAAUCCUGUCGCUGGCCAAGAGAGCGUCGGAAACGCUUUCGGCGAACUACGGAAAUGCUUUGAAGUCGGCGGCCAUCGGGCUCGCUGUCAAGGCGAGCGGGGACGGCAGCAACGCCAUCAGCAAAAAUCUGAGUGAACAUAUGAAAAAUGAAAGAGCCAACCUCAUGAAUAUGAUGAAACUUAGCAUUAAAGUGCUCAUACAGUCUGCAUUAAGUUUGGGAAGAACUUUGGAUGCUGAUUACCCACCUCUUCAGCAGUUUUUUGUGGUAAUGGAGCAGUGUCUCAAACAUGGACUAAAAGUAAAGAAGACUUUUCUUGGACCAAACAAGUCAUUUUGGGGUCCCCUAGAAUUAGUGGAAAAAUUGUGUCCUGAGGCUGCUGAAAUAGCAACAAGUGCCAGAAACCUACCAGGACUUAAAACUGCAAUUGGAAGAGGGAGAGCGUGGCUUAAUCUUGCUUUAAUGCAAAAGAAAAUGGCUGAUUAUUUGAAGGCUUUGCUUGAUAGGAAAGAUCUACUAAGUGAAUUCUAUGAUACAAAUGCACUAAUUAUGCAUGAUGAGGGAGCAGUUAUUGUUGGUCUACUGGUUGGCCUUACAGUUAUCGAUGCAAAUCUUUGUUUAAAAGGAGAAGAUUUGGAUUCACAGGUUGGUGUGAUAGACUUCUCGCUGUACUUGAAAGAUGGAGCUCAGGAUCGUACUGACAACAAACAGAGUACUGAAAUCACCAACAUUCUUGACCAGAAACAUUAUGUGGAAGAGCUCAACAGACACUUAAGUGGUACAGUUUCUGACCUGCAAACAAAACUAGAUUCAUUGGAAAAGAUUAAUGCAAAACUAAUGGAAGAGCUUACAGCAGCAAAUGACCGAAUUCAGUCACUUCAGGAGGAACAGGAUCAAUUAAAACAAGAAAAUUCGUCAAUCCUUGAAAGCAAUGAACGUCGAGUAGCAGUGAAUAGACAAGAUUCUGAAGUAGAGCUGGAAACUUAUAGACAGACUCGCCAGGGUCUAGAUGAAAUGUAUAAUGAAGUCUGGAAGCAACUGAAAGAAGAAAAACAGCUUCGAAUGGAACUGGAGAAAGAAUUGGAAUUACAAGUGAGCUUGAAGCAAGAAAUGGAAAUGGCCAUGAAGUUGCUAGAGAAAGACACUCAUGAGAAGCAAGACACGCUGGCUGCUCUGCGACAACAAUUGGAAGAAGUGAAGGCCAUCAAUUUGCAGAUGUUUCACAAAGUUAAGAACUCUGAUGGGACAAUGCAGCAGAAGACUGAUGUGAUAAACUCUAUUGAACAUAAAACUGACCAGAUGAUUGUUGCCACAAAGCAAAUGGAGGAAAGAUUGCAGCAGUCUGAAAGAGCCAGAAAGUUGGCAGAAGAAAGAAAUGGAAAGAUUAGACAGGAAUUUGUCAAUAAGAUUGAGAGCCUCCAACAGCAGCUAGGUGAACUGGACAAACAACGAUCUAUUUUGGAUUCUGAACUAAAAGCUGAGAAGGAACAGAGGCAAAGUCUUCAGCUGCAACUGCAACAAGAGGGAGAUGCAACAUCCCAAUUAAAAACUCAACUCCAGCAAAGAUCAGGUCUAGAAAAGGAAAUGCAAAGAUUACAGGAUGAAAAAAGAGAACUACAAAAGAUCUGUGAAGAACAAGAACAGGCCUUGCAAGAAAUGGGACUUCAUCUCAGUCAAUCAAAAUUGAAAAUGGAGGACAUUAAGGAGGUCAAUAAAGCAUUAAAGGGAAAUGCCUGGCUUAAAGAUGAUGAAGCAACAUCUUGCAAACAAUGUGAAAAGGAAUUCUCAAUAUCCAGAAGAAAGCAUCACUGUAGAAACUGUGGUGACAUCUUCUGCAACAACUGUUCCAGUAACGAAUUGGCACUUCCUUCUUACCCCAAGCCUGUGCGGAUCUGUGACAGUUGCCAUACACUACUUCUACAACGAUGUUCUUCAAAUGCUUCCUGAAGAGAAGACAGCAUAAUUGUACCAGCUAUUGGUGCUUGCUCAAUUUAGCUCUACUGCAUCAGUAAGUGUUAACUUCAAUGCCAAUAUCUUUUCUAAAGGUUACAUUUCCAUCUAUCCAGACAAAAGGGGUUGCAUUAAAUGGAUUAUUAGUAAUAAUAUUAAUUUGCUUUAAGUCACUUUAACAUAUGCUGUCAAUAAGAUGAUAAAUUUGAAAAUUAAACCAGAAUCCUGAUCUGGUUGUGUUCCCUUUUCUUUACUCCAGUAAACAGUGCCAAGUGUAAUGAUUGUAACAAUGUUAAAUGGUUUUCACAGGUCUGCAGUGUAUUUGUAUCUCAAAGCUAUUUUUAUGGCUCUGCCUUUGGUCAAUAACUGCAUUACCAGUAAUGCUGUGACAAAUGAGCCAAUCCUGUUAAAACUGAUGCUCUAUCCACAGCAACAAAUAAGUGAAUAUCAUCAUCCUCUUGUUUAUGGUUGUAUAGCCAGAUCCAGGGCAUGUUGACUAGCUGUGUUAAAUUUGGAAUAUGACUAUUUGAAUGUUCAUGUCUGCUGUAUGAACUGGCCUGAUUUUAUCUUGCAGAACUAUUAAAUUUCCAAGAAUUGUAAACCAUA